UCUGACUUACCGAACCUUCUCCUGCUGCUCUCCGGCGAGGUCUCACUCUCUCUGAAUUUAAAACCCUGUCGUGAUCCUUCAUCGUUUGUCGUCUAUUUCUUCAAUUGUUUGUGGAGCUCUUUAUUGAAAUAUAGCUCUUUAUUAAGGGGGAAUUGCAAGUAAUUGCACUGAAUUGUAGAGGAUCUGGAUCAUCUUAAACGUCAACCCUCUCCCAAACCUCUCCAACCUUGGCCGUUUGUUUCUCCCGCAAACCUUGUCUUCUUCCCACUCUGGUAUGGAAAUCGAUCGCAGGUGAAGGGCGACUCUACCCGCAGACUCUUCCGCCUUCCUCCCUCGCAAGGAACCCUAACAAGGCUGAGACACUCGCAAGGAACCUCAACAAGGCUGAGACGCUACCUCCUCCAUCGCAGGUGAGGAAAGCAGUCGCCUUAGGUGGUAAGGCGUGGGAAGCGGUCGCCUUAGGUGGAUUUAAAGUGAUGUGAGAUGCAUGGGAUCACUCCUUAAAAAAAAAAAGUGGGAAAUAUAACGUGAGAGCCCUAUUCGGCUAUUCCAUCUCUCUCUCUCGGUUAUGUGUUCCAGUCCAGCCUCCAAGUCCGAAGAAAUUUGCGCUGGAUUCAAUGACGUGUAACGAUUGAGAAGUUGGACUUGGCAUUCGGCUUUCAGGUGAUUUUACUUGCAGUCUAAUGGAUGGAUUGAAAGUUUCUGAUGCAAAUUUGGUUGUUUAUAUACAUCCGUCGAAGGCAAACAGGGUUCCUCAAGCACUUCGUGGUGAACUAAGUUCACUGCUUUUUAAAUUUAAUGAAGCAUUUGAUGGAGUUGUUUUGGUUUAUGAUAUAUUAGCUCAAAGUGAAAGUGCAAAGGUUCUUCCUGGACUUUCCCCUUAUUUUGGAGUCAAAGUAAAGGCGAAACUCUUACUUUUUUCUCCGAAGCCAGACAUGCUGUUAGAAGGGAAGGUCAUGAAGCUGAGGAAAGAAUCUAUUCAUGUCAUUGUACUUGGUUUUUCAUAUGCAACUAUUGCAGAGGAAGAUAUUCGUGGAGAGUUUAGAUAUAAAAUUAAACAUGGUGAGGAAGUAUUUGCAAGCAGUCUUCACAAGCGACAUGUGAUUAAGGUCGGAAGCAUGAUACGCUUCUUAAUCAAGAGCUUUGACGAGGAGAUUCUUCACAUUUCCGGGUCUCUGAUUCCUGCUAAUACUGGAAGUGUUGGUUGGUUAGAUAAACAUAUGAAUGAAAGUUCAGAAAUGGACAGGAGUAACAAGAAAAAGAGAGAAAGGGAGAGUGGAAGAGAAAUGGAGGCUCAUGGUAGUCGAGUAAUUAAUGAGGAUUAUCCACCCAAGAAGUCAAAGAGGCAGAAAUUAGUUGAAGAGUUUUGAGAACAGAGAAUUCUGGAGCUGUUGAGGCACUUUCUCUUACCGGGCAACUUUUUUUUGGUGGAGAUGGUGCAUAAUGCCUCAUUUUGUUUUGCCACUGUAAAACUUAUUUUUAGAAUACCUAGAAUUGAUUAUUUUAAUGAAUCUAACCUGGUUCUAGGGUUUAUAGUUAAUAUCUGUUAUUUAAUCACUGAUUUUUCCAAGGAUCUUUGUGUGUGUUGUCAGUAGUAAGAAUGUAGGAGUGGAACUGAUAGAAAGAAAUAAUUUGGUUAAAUAUUUUUUACAAGGAGAUUCUUCA